CAAUUCCAUUUGCUGUUUCUUCAAAUCUCAUUCACAGAUAGUGUCUUGUCCAUGAGAGCUCCACCGUUUGCUGCAUCAAGCAUACUUCUCUCCAUUGGAGCAAGGCCUUCAUAGAAGUACUAAAUAAGCAGUUGGUCACUGAUCUGAUGGUGUGAACAGGUUGCGCGUAGCUUCUUGAAUCUCUUCCAGUACUUAUAGAGGCUUUCUUGGCUGAACUGUUUGAUGCCACUGAUCUCUUUUCUUAUUGUGGCUGUUCUAGAAGCAAGGAAGACCUUCUCCAAGAACAUCCUCUUCAUGUCUAUCCAGCAAGUGACAGACCCUAGCUGCAGGUAAUAUAGCCAGUCUUUCACUGCACCAUCUAAGGAGAAUGGAAAGGCCUUCAGCUUGAUGUGGUCUUCGGGAAAUGCUUGAGGCCUCAUUGUUGAGCAGACUAUGUGAAGCUCCUUUAGAUGCUUAUGAGGGUCCUCACCUGCACUACCAUUAAACUUAGGCAACAAAUGGAUUAGACUAGAUUUUAACUCAAAUGAAGCAUCUAUAUCAGGAUAUUGGAUGCUUAAGGGUUGGUUGGCUUCCGCAGAUUUUCUUGAAUUUGGACAGGAGUAUGAUGUGAAAAAAGAGUUGGAUGAGCUUAAGAAGACAAUUGAAUCUAUCAAUGAUGUCCUCCUUGAUGCUGACCAUAGACAAGAACAAGUUCGUGUGCGUAAUUGGAUAUCUGACUUCAAAGAAGUACUCCAUGCUACAGAUGACUUCUUAGAUGACCUUGCUAUCGAAUUUAGGAGAGACAAAUUGGGUGCAGCCGAAGGAAAAGAAAUAAACAGGGUACUUCGUUCCAUUUCAUCUUCAAAUCAACUUCCUUUAUACAAUGAAAUGCCUGGCAAAAUUAAGGAAAUACGAGAAAGUUUUAACGGUGUGGUAAAAGAAAUGAAGGAUUUGAAUUUAUACCCAAGAUCUGUUGUGGUCAAGCAAACUGAUAGUGGAUGGAGGGAAACAUGUUCUUUUGUGUUAGAGACAGAUAUCAUUGGAAGAGAUGAUAAUAAAAUGGAGAUUAUUAAUCUGUUGAGACAACCUCAUGAAAACCAUAAAGUUUCUGUGAUUGCCAUUGUUGGCAUUGGUGGCUUGGGGAAGACAGCUCUUGCUCAAUUAGUGUAUAAUCAACAGGAAUUGCAGGAAUUUUUUGAAAUGCAAAUGUGGGUGGGUGUCUCUGAUGUAUUUGAUGUGAAAACUAUUCUGAAGAAAAUAUUAGAAUCAAUUACUGGUGACCAAGUUGAAGACAAGUUAUCAUUAGGCAACUUGCAAAGAAAACUUCAUGAAAAAAUAGGUGGUAAGAAAUAUUUGUUGGUCCUGGAUGACAUUUGGAAUGAGAGACAUGACAAAUGGGCUGAAUUGAGAAAGUAUUUGAUGUGUGGUGCCCAAGGUAGUAAGAUUUUAGCGACAACUCGAAGUGAAAAUGUAGCAAAGUCAAUGACUACUAGCACUUCCUAUCGUUUGAAAGGUUUGACGGAUGAAGCAUCGUGGAGUUUGUUAAAGAAUAUUGCAUUUGAGGAUGAUUCCGAAGGAGUGAAUCAAAAUCUAGAAUCAAUGGGGAAAGAAAUAGCCAAAAAAUGCAAAGGGGUUCCACUAGCAGUUAAAACGCUGGGAGGCCUGUUACGGGGACAAAAGGAAGAAAGGGAAUGGGAGAAUGUUUCACGUGGUGACUUCUGGAAAUUAUGCGAAGAGCAGGAUAGUAUUAUGCCAAUUCUAAAACUCAGUUACCGCAACUUGUCGCCAGAAAUGAGACAAUGUUUUGCUUAUUGCUCUUUAUAUCCCAAGGAUUCAGAAAUUCCGAAGGAUGAGUUGAUUCAGUUAUGGAUGGCACAGGGUUACCUUAAAUGUUCAACCGAAAAACAGCACAUGGAGGAUGUUGGUAUUCAAUUUGUAAAGAUGUUUUUGAUGAACUCAUUUUUUCAGGAUGCAGAGAGUGAUGAAUACGGUGAGAUCAUUAGUUUCAAAAUGCACGAUUUAAUGCAUGAUCUUGCAAUGCUGGUAGCUGGCAAUGAUUAUUGUUACUUGGAUAGUAAGGCAGAAAAAGUUGAAGGUAGAUCCAUGCACGUGUCAUUGGAAUCUGAUGUGAACAUUAAUGUGUUGAAAUGGUUAGAUCCGAGCAGGCUGCGAACUUUGAUUUUCCUACCGUAUCACUUCGAAAAGGAGGAAUAUUUGUCUGUUAUUGCAAAGUUCAAAUACUUGCGUGUCUUGAGGACGCAUUGUCUCUCUGAUUCCACUGAAAAUUUGAAGCAUUUAAGAUACCUUGUUUUAACAGAAAAUACAAGUCUUCCCAAAUCUAUGAGCAAUCUUGUUUUCCUUCAAACAUUAAAAUUGAAAGAUUGCGAUGAAGAAUCAUUUUCAGAAGUAGUCACAAAGUUAGUCAAUUUGAGGUGCCUUGAUAUUGCUUAUUAUGACACCGUGUGUGGGAUGGCAGGGUUCGGAAAAUUAUCCUCAUUGCAACUCUUAUCGACCUUUGGUGUGGGAGACAACAGCCAAGAAAUAAAACAUGGCACACUAAAUGAACUGAAGGACUUAAACCUCAGAGGCCGAUUAGAAAUUCAGCAUCUCAAUUGUGUCAGAGAAGUGGCUCUGGAAUCUCAGGACAUAAAUUUGAAAAAAAAAAAAUUCCUUCAAUCCUUAACUCUGGACUGGUGGUAUGGAGACCUCUGUAACAGUGACAGCUUGCAAUUAUUGGAAAACCUUCAACCCCACCGUAAUCUUAAGCAAUUGGAGGUGAAUCAUUAUCCAGGCGUGCUUUUCCCAAAUUGGAUUUCUCUCCUCACGAAUGUUGUUGACAUCACUCUCUCUGCUUUUGAUAAUUGUCGCUGUCUCCCUCCGUUGGAACGUCUCCCGUCCCUGAAGUCACUUAACAUACAGUUUCUUCGUGAAUUGGAAUACAUAGAUCUCUACGAGGAUGGUUUUGCAGUAACCUUCUUCCCCUCUUUGGAGAGCCUCACAUUAUUUCAUUGUCCCAAGCUCAGGGGAUGGCGGAGGCGGGGAGACGAUAUCAAUGAUUCACAUAAUCUCUCCUUACCUCUUUCAUUUCCUCAUCUUUCUCGACUGGAAGUCUCUAAAUGUCCACAGUUGACUUGGAUGCCUACUUUUCCAAACGUUAAGGAUUUAAUAUGGUGUCACAGCAGUGCAGAGCCAUUAAUAGGAACACUAAACACAACAGCGUCAACAUGUUCAGCUGACUCAUCUUCCUCCGCUGCUCCUCUUUCCAUGCUCAAACAAUUGAGCUUAUCUGAUCCUAUGAAUUUAACAAAGGGUUGGAUGCAAAAUCUGACUUCUCUCGAGUCUCUUCAAAUUCAAUGGUGUGACAGUGAAACACUUGGGGAAUUUGAAACUUGGUUUAAGGACGACACCAACUGCCUUCCUUCUCUGCGACAAUUUUCAUUAUAUUAUUGUCAAUGGCUAGAGGCUUUGCCAGAUUGGAUUUGCAACCUCUCAUCGCUUCAGGAGAUCACAAUCUCAUUGUGCCCAAAAUUGGCAUCGCUGCCCGAAGGAAUGAGUAGUCUUACCAACUUAAAGAUCUUUGAGGUCUGGGAGUGUUCCCUCUUACUUGAAGAAUGUCUAACAGAGACAAGUGCUGUUAGUCGCCAAAUCGCACACAUCCCACAUAUUAUCCUUAGCGAUUAGUGAUGAUAAAGGUACUGAUCUAAUGCAUAUUUAUUUAGUGUAAACGUCGUGUAUUAUAUUUGCUUUGCUAAUAAAAUACUUUUAACUAGUUUUUGAGUUAGUGUUCAUUUAUUUCAAACAUAAAUACAAAUUAUGCUAAUCAUAUUAAUUUUUA